CCUUUUAAAAAACCCAGAGCUCGCCUUCUCCAUCUCGCAAUUCGACCAGGAACCGCUUGAGGAAUGAAGACUGCAAUAGCCAUCGGACAUGGUCAGAAUUACGAAGAAGCCCCGCAGACCACUGGCCUGAGCGCAGCUGGUGAGGAAGCCGGGAUUCAACCCCUUCUCGAUCACUUCCAAGCAGUCAGCUUCUACCAAGAAACCAACGCUGGGCCCACAAACCCCACCAGUUCCACCGUUCCAGAAAAUCCCCAUCCAUUCCCAGAAUCCCCCAACGAAUCGCAACCGUCUAUAACCCACCAUACAACAUCUACCGAAGCCGCAUCAGCUGGAAACACCGUCUCCCCCAAAGACGGCUCUGCCCAGAACGCGAACGACACUCCCGCCUCGUUAGCUCCUCCGGUGGGCCCCACCGGUACGGUUCCCGAUAAAGGGAUUUCAGUGAAGGGGUUCGUAGCGGAGAAAUUGACUCCUGGAGAUGAAGACAGAGCGCUUUCGGAGGUUAUUUCGGGGAUAAUUCGUAGCCGUCAGGAAAAGAAACCAGAAGACAUGCAAGAUCCGCCGGAAGAUGUGUAUGAGAAGCCAGCGGCGAAGGUGUCAGAUUCCGGGAAGGGGGUUGUGGAGAGGAUCAAGGGAGCAGUCGGGUCGCUGCUUCGUAAGGGCGGGGAGUCACGUACUUCGCCGGGCGCAGACUGCCAAUCACGUGAUACGUGAUUGCAUGAG